AAAUCUGGACACAAAUACCUGGAGGAUUUCGAGGACUUGAGCGAGAAAAACGACCGUGGAAUACUUAAGAAAGUCGUUAAGGAGGGUUACAGCAAAUUGAAACCUUGUCCUGGUGACACAGUGAUAGUGCACUAUGUGGGCACUUAUUUUGGUGGUGACCAACAUGGUGUACAGUUCGACUCGUCUCGGGAUAGAAAUGAGCUGUCGAUUCGCAUUUCGCGAACUAUAAUUGUCAUUAAAGCAUGGGAUGUUGGUGUUGCUACCAUGAAAGUGGGUGAGAUCUGUGAGCUGAUUGCUUCUCCUGAAUAUGCAUACGCGGAUGGCAAGACUUUGAAGUUUGAAAUAGAGUUGUUUGAUACCGAAGAUGCUGCAGGUGUGGAUGUGACUCCGGACAAUAGCGGUAAGGUACGAAAAUCGGUGCUUGUGAAGGGCAGAGAUGUGUUUACUCCAACUGUCGGCCUUCCUGCUGAGAUAAGCUUCCGUGAGGGUUCUUCAGAGGGUGACUUCCAGGACGUUUCGUACAUAGUCGGUGACCCUGCAGAGCACUCAGUGCCUGAGUGUAUAGAUCUUGCGGUGAGGCGGAUGAACACAGGCGAGCGAUGCAUAGUGCGGUUAAAGAAGGGCUCUUCCAAAGGCGACGCAACUGAUGAAAGUAGUUAUGAAGUUUUUCUGAAGUCAUUCGAAAAAGUAAUUGUUUUCAUGAGAGUUAUGGAGCUUGCGAAUCAGAUCAAAACCAAAGCAAAUGAUUUCUUGAAGGUAAUUCAGAAGACCCUCAAUGAAAUGAUGAUUGCUGUUCAUUUAAACAUGGCCUUGGCUUAUUUAAAAUUGGGAGAUGCUCAAAACUGCACUGAAAAAUGCAAAAAGGUUCUAGAGAGCGAUUCUUCGAAUGCAAAGGCACUGUUCCGCUUGGGUCAGGUACGUGGAAAUCACGAAGAUGCGGCUGUUUACUUCAAGCGUAUCGUAGCUCAUAAUCCAAAUAACACAGCUGCGCUCAACCAGUUGCGUAUUUGCGAAGAAAUGGUACAAAAAGCAAAAGAAAAGGAAAGGAAAAUGUACCGUCGACCAUUCGCUUCAGUGGGCGACCUCUACCUCUGCGCCAUGUCAUGGUUUGACCGCCACGGCGCUUCUUCGAGCCUUGCCCGGCACGUGCAAAGAGAUCACGGGAAAGUAGUCGAUGGGCAGACAUGCAAUACGUGA